AUGGUCACACUUGCCACGAUCCUUACAUCGAUUGUGAUGCGAGUUCACUCAAAGGGAUUUUCUGCUCAAUUAUUACCUCCACCAAAAUGGCUGUUACGAUAUUUGUUCAUUCGGCAACCUGAAUUUGGACCUGCCUGCACAAGUGGUGGCACCGUAAAUUUUGCCAGUUGGAAGCGCCAAGUUAUCACGGAACAAUGGUCAAAGGUCUCUCGUCGGAUGGACUACGCUAUGGCUAUCGCCUUUCUCAUUACCGUUACUGCACCGACUGCAUAUCUAUUUCUCAUAUGUUUUUCAUCGACUGACACGGCGCAGGAGAAGGCACUUAUAGCAGAAUCUCGAGAAUCCGUGCAUAGAGUUUGA